AUGAAAAAUCCAAAGAAAGGAUCUCCUCUUGCAAGGUUAUAUAAAACAUCUGGAGAUGAAAAAUCUGGAAAACAUGCCUCAUCUCAGAAGGCCUUGAAGUUAGAUAGAUCAAAGAAGAUCCAAGCUAAAUCUGAGACAACCACAACUAGCCAGUCUUCCUGCUCCCAGCCAGAUACGGAAGCGUGUAUUAACCAGGAGAUGCUACAGACAUUGGAGGAAAUGUUUGAAAAGACUGCAGACCACACUGGAGCUUUGAACAUGGAAGGUUUUCAAAAGGUGAUGAAGGAGACAUUUUCAUCUGUGACUGAUGAAACCCUGGAAUCCCUAUUCUGGAAGGUGGAUGCAGAUUGCGAUGGAUUGGUGACCUGGCGCAAGUAUCUCGAUCACCUGAUGCGGGAGUUCAAAGGGAAGGAAGAGAAGAGGAAAGGCCAGUAUCGAUUGCGUCUCCAACCUCCUAUGAGGAUUGUUCCACUGAAUCAUGGACAUGAGAUUGUGAAGUUGCAAUUCUUAGCCAGUCAGCUCAAGGGAUCAACUGGUCGCUUCCUUACUGUCACCAAAGACGGGAUCCUUCAGUUCUGGGAUGAAACCUUCAGGCUGCUCCGGACAGUCCAUCUGGACCAGACACAUCGCCGCCACACUCAGCAGAUGUGGGUCAACGACAUGGUAUGUCUGGGUAACAUCAACUUGAUCGCGAUUGCUUCCACAGACCAGGAUUUAGAAUUCUUUGAUAUUUCUGGAAACAAAUGCCAAAGGACUUUUAUCUUUAUUGACCUGGACAGUUGUGCCUUAGUCAUGGAUUACUGGACAGACCAACGCAAAGCCGUGUUUUGUGUUGGUGAUACAAAGGGCAAUGUCCUCAUCUUUAUCUCCGAUGAUAUUGCGGAGUCUGGAUUGUUUCACCCACAUAUCUUCCAGACCAAGACAAAGGUUGAUCUCAGGAAACCAGAACCAGGUGGACAUUACAUCAAAAUCUCUAUGCAGAAUCUUUUAACUAAAAAGUCGAAAAUACAUAGAAGUUACCGAUUGAAGGCAAUUCAUACCAACUGGUGUCAGCAGAUCAAAUUCAUCCCCCAGCUGAAUCUGGUGGCCUCUUGCUCAGCCAUUGACAAUACAGCCAUGGUCCUGACAAUCGUGCCAACUAGAACUGAUAAUCUGAAAACCUCCAUAAUGACUCUGAGGAAGGGAGUUCUAUGUUUCGAUUACUGUCCAGACAGGAACUUCCUUGUGACAGGUGGUUAUGACCCGAUCAUUCUCCUGUGGAACCCCCUCUUCACAAAGAGGCCCAUGUGGCGGAUGAAGGGGCACCAGACCUCAGUGACUCACGUUAUUGUGAAUGGAAAGAGCAGCUGCAUCAUCAGCAUCUCCAAAGACAAAAACAUCCGUCUAUGGGAUAUACACAACUUUCUGUGUUUCCAGUCCUUUUCGGGGAAAUUUUUUGCACUGGGGAAUCAUCCUAUUACCAGUGCUUACUUCCACAAGGCCAAUGACACCUUUAUUUGUGGUACCUAUUCGAUUGGGAUUCUUCAUGGCUAUCUGGAGGCCAAGAUAGGGGGCAUGAAAAUAGAGGAAGAGUCUACCACCCAUCAUUCGGCUUUGUGUGGGGUCCUUUAUAGCAAGACUUUCAGGCAGGUGGUGAGCGGCAGCCUGAAUGGCGUGGUGAGUGCAUGGGAGUUGGCGACAGGAAAGAAGGUGAUAGAGUUUGUGGCAUCAGAGUCCAAGGAUGGGGAGCUCACAGCAAUGAUCCUAGACGAGCUGGAGCGGUGUCUCAUCACCGGCAUGAGAAAUGGGACAGUCAAAAUGUGGAAUUACAACAUCGGGGUCUGCCUGUUGCACUUUCCCAAUCCAGACCAAAUGGAGAUCAGUGGAAUCGCUCAUAUGAACGGGGUAUUCUAUGUGGCAGGGUGGAGUAAGAGGAUCUCUUGGUACCUGUAUCGAAACAAGGAAAUAGUCCCCCUGUAUGACCACUGGCCUUACUUUCACACCGAGGAUAUCCUGUGUCUGGCCAAGUACCAUAGCCACAUCCUGGGAUCAGCUUCCUAUAACGGUGACAUUUUCAUAUGGAAUGUCAGCUGGGGGAAGCCCUUUAUUCAUUUCAAUGCUUCGAGGAGCCCCCUGGCCUUAAAGCUCAAGAAGGUCUUCACGGAGGAGAAUCACAUGACACUUGCUGACUUAGUGAACAGGACUAACAGUAUGAAGAAGGCCUGGGCAAAAAAGUCCCUCAGGUGGCCCGUUAGUGGGCAGCCUGCCCAGGCCCAGGUGCAGAGGAACCUGACCUCCGCCCCACCUGUGAUGAAAUACAAGGGAGGAAAUGAGUCAUCAAGAAGCCCUGGAGGAAAGGGGUCAUCAAGAAGCACAGGAGGAAAGGAGCCGCCAGCUCAGGCCAAAUUGCAGAAACUUUGCAGCCCCGUCAGCCCUAAGGUGGUGAACUUGGUGAGACCUCAAUGCAGAGCCUGGAACCGGAGCAGAAAUUUACAGAAAGAAAAUGAGGAUUAUGCUAGGCAGAAAGAAAAGAAAGACUCAGUGGCAUCUGUGGAGAAGAUCAUUUUCCUGCCCACCCGGCAUCGGACCCCUCGAACAGCCACUCUUUUGAGCAGUGCUGGCAAUGGCUAUAUUUAUGCUUGGUCGAUUCAUGACAAAGGGGGCUUGCUGGGAAAAUUCCAGCCAGCAGGUAAUCAAUAUCAGGAUUCAGUUGUUGGUGCCAUGGUCAGUGAUGAAAAGGACUGGAUCCUAAUAACCGGGGACUCCAAAGGGCACCUUAAGAUCUGGGACAUCAAGGAUUACUGCAGGCUGGCCAGUGAACAGAAGAUAUUCCCUGCCUGGGAAGAAAGAUGUGAUCAGGAAAAUAUUUACCGGAAUUUGAUUCGCGCAGAUAGUCGAGUGGAAAUACAGCAGGAACCCCUGGAGACUGAGGAGGUCAUUGGUAGCCAUGUCAUUUCCCUAAUCCCCCCAGAGCUGUUGAUCUCCUGGCAGGCUCAUGAUGAGAGUGUGACUGAUGUUGCCUUUGGGGAACGUUACCAUGUGAUCAUCAGUGCUGGUGCAGACUUUAAUGUCAAGGCCUGGAAAAUCUCUGGCGAGGCUAUUGGAACGUUUGGCUUGUGCCUUUGGAGAAAGCUUGUGCCUGCAGAGAAGAUUGACUUCUACAAAAAACCAUCCAUUGAAGAGCCAAUAGCAAAGCCUAUGAUGAAGGAAACUGAAAAAGAAGAUGAGUACACUAGGGUCCUGAUGCAGCAGCGCAGGGAUCAGAUAGAGCUCAUGUCCUUACUGCAUAGCAAGUCUCCGGAGGCCAUGGCCAGACUCAGGCAGUUGGCUGAGCAGAGCAUGCUGGGAUCUGUCAAAGCCGGCGAGGGGUUUGAGGACACUUGGAACAAGUUGAAGACGUCUGGGAUGCUGAGAAGUGACAUCGUUGGAAAGGCAUAUAAACCAAAGGAUCGGCAGCGCAUGCCUGAGAGUCGGCUAUUACCACUGAAGUUUCUGAAAGAAAAAGAGAUCUCGCCUUGGGUCUAUAGGAGCCUCCCUUGCAAAGACCUGCAAGAUUUGACCCGAUCCAACAUGGCCAUCCUGAGGACAACGCAGACUCCUAGGAAAAAACAUGUCUGGCUAGUCACCCAGCAAAUCAUCAAGAGCCUCUCUCUGGUCAGGCAGAUGUCUAUGGAUACUCCCAUCCAGUCACAAAGCCUCUCUUUCUCCAGCCCGGUUUCAUCCAAGACUUCCUCGGUCACCUCAAUAUCUUCUUUGAAGCUGUCUUCAGUCUCCUCCUUUUCUUCUUUAAAGCAGUCAUCGGUCUCUUCAGCAUCGGCUAUCUUAAAGAGACUGCCUCAUUCUUCCUUAGCAUCCUCCAGGAGAAAGGCCCUUUCAAAUUCUUCUUCAUCCUCAGCCACCAAGUCGUCCAUCACAAUCAGUUCAAUGCCUUCUGUAAAGUCCUCAACUCCGGUCUUAAAGCCUUUGAAGUCAAUCCUUAAAGGGUGAUCUGGUUAGGCUGCCAGCCCAGGCUCUUCUCUCAGUGAUGUUGCCAGCCCAUUGAGAUGAAUGUAAGAGAUGGACGGACUCUUUGCAUACUUUACCAGGCCAAUUAAAGUGUGGGCUUGGUUGUCCCACUCUACCCCAAUAUCACCUCCCAGAAUUAUUCCCCUCUCUUAUUGAGACCUAUGUAUCACUUCUUCAGGAGAGAGAAAUAAAUUUUGUUUGGGGUUCCUCCAUGCUCUCAGAUUAGAUUGUAUUAUCCUAGGAGGUAUGGGGAGAGG